AUACAUCCUGCAGCAAGCAACUCCUUGUAUCACAUCCUAUAUAUUUUCUUACUAAAAGAUUUACUAAAUUAUUUCCUUUGCCAAAACAAGACAACAAAAAUGUCUUUAAUGCCCCUAUUUAACGGUCGCAGAAGCCAUGCACGCCGUGUACAGAAUCCGCCACCACCAACAACAAUUACGCAUCAAUCUCAAACAAGUCAGGAUCGACAGAUUCCUUAUUUUUCACCAACAACCGCAAUUACUACGCAUCAACCCGAAACAAGUCGAGGUCGGCAGGAUCCCUCCCUUGAAUUUUAUCUUCAAAAUCCUCGAUCUCUCAUAGCACCAGCUCUAUCAUUCCACAAUGAACCCACAUCUAUAGCUCAAAUUGAGUAUAAAGGAACCCCAGAGGCACAUAUUUUUAGUGCUAAUUUGCAUGGAUAUAAGAAAGAAGAAGUGAAGGUGCAGGUGGAGGAUGAAAGAGUCUUAAAGAUUACUGGGGAGAAGAAAUUAAUAGAAAAAGGAUAUGAUAACUGGCACCAUUUUGAAAGAAAAAUUGGGAAAUUCUUGACUGCUUUUGAUCUGCCUCAAGAUGCUAGAGCUGAUAAAGUAAAUUCAACAAUGGAAAAUGGGGUGCUUAUUAUCACUGUUCCUAAGAAGGGAGUCAAGAAAUCCCACGUUAGAACAGUUCGAAUUAUUUAAUGAGUUGAAUUUCUUUUUUUGCACACUAUACAGUUUGAUAUAUAUUUAUAUUUUGUGUCAAAGAUAUUACGUUCAGUAUUAAUGUAGUGAUGUGAAAUAAAGAGCAAAAAAGGAAGGAAAGUAACGACUUUUUAAUUAAUGGAGACGAUGGAUUAGACUUGCUUUGUAAUAGUAUUAGCUACUCAUAUAAAUAAAGGGUAUUUCUUUCAUA